GGGGAAAACUAUUGCUAGCGUUCAGACCCGUCUGUCUUAAGUCGGUUAGUCAACGGUCGAUCGUUCGACGAGGAGGUUUCCCACUUCGAAUUUUACACGACAGAAAUUGUUUUCGCGAUUUUCCGUUUAAAGAGAGCUUAAGCCAGUUUGUACUGGAGAAAAACUUAGGACUGCAUUCCGUGAUUGAAAAAGUUUCGAUUUCCGUGAAAAAGUUACAAUUAUUGGUUCGAAGGAUUAAAACGAAUGUUAAGGAACAUGUUUCGCGUCGUCGUCGUCGUCGUUUCGGUUUGACGGCCAAUGUUGGCUACUAGCGGAAGAUUUAUUGAAUCUGUCACAGUGCUCUCGGGUGAUGUGUUUGAGAAGAAUUUAAGAAGAUUUGGCUGUUUGGUUUGCUGUGAAUAUUGAAUUAAAAAUAAUCGAAACAAAAAUCCGUGAAGAAGCAACCAAGUAAGGGUAGUUGAGUCGUUAAGAUAAUACUUUGCGAAUAUUUGAUCUUCAGUGAUUUGGUCGGAGGUUUUGUGCUGAGAUUUUUGCCGACUAUCAUCACUGGCAAAGGAAAUCUUGGUUUUAAAGAUUGAGUGCCUGUUAAAUGGUGGUUAUUUUUAGUUAGUUGAAAAAUGAAGCCUCUCAAAUUGGCAGCCGAUUGUUGAACGGAUUUGUGUGAGGAGAAAUAACGCGGAAAGCUGUCCAUCAAAGCGUGUUCCUUAAAUUACGGAAGUGGAAUUUUUAGUGGCCACGAAGAAAAAAGGAGAAAAUCUAUCGGGUUACCCAAAAAAAGGGAGAGAAAAUUGGAGCGCAGCAGCUGAUUCACUCUGGCUAUGAUUUUAUGCUCGCUGGGAGUCGCUUAAUUUGCCAGACCUGCACGUGCUUCUGUUUCUGGAUUGCAUUAGUCAAAAGGCAAAAAAAGGGCAGUGGGAGAAACUAUUAAUAGCUUAGGCCGCAUAAUUGCCAGAACAUCGCCGUGGAAAGUAGAUUAUAUCGUGAAGUUUUCCGACACCAGACACAGCACUUAAAAGUCAUUAAAUGAGCAAGUCUGAGGCCUGGAACGACACCACACUACUAAUAGACAACCCAAAAUCCGUCGUCGUCGUCGUCUUCGUCCAAGAUGUCGUUCUGUCGCAUCACCGGCAAGUGCCGGUCCCUGCCGAAACCGAACUAUUUUCCUAUGCUGCCACCGAUUUCGCCGGCCGAUGCUAAACGAUUUUGUCGUGUCACUGGAAAGUCCUACGGGCUGCCCUCGCAUCACUUCAUCCCGGUCGUUUUGAUCCGGAAUGGAAAGAAGGAAAAAUGUAAAGUCACAAACGUCGCCGGAGAGCUCGAUCCUCAUCACUAUCAGCCUAGCGGAUACGGAAACCGGAAGCAUACGAUCGUCUGUGAGUUCCGGUACGUUUUUCCGAUCCUGGACUCGGAAGAUGAAGCUCAGAAAAAUCUUACCGACAUCCUGACACACAAGACUAAACCGAUCGAGCAGAAUCUCUACGUUUACCAGGUCGAUGAGCGGAACUUCGGUCUUGUAUUCCCAGCUCGUCUGGAAGCUGCCGUCCGAGAUGGUGACGUCCGGGACAUCAUGCUGGCCAAAGAAUCCGACAAACUACUCAUAAAAUUAAAGAAGGGUAACAGUGUCUCGGUAAGCCUCAAGAACGUCAAGCAGCAAGAACUGGAACAACUCUUUGAGGGCGAAGGACCCCGCGAAGAGGUCAUCAAAAAACGUAAACAGGAGGACGCCAAACGACCCAAGCCCAAAAAGAACCUAUCCAGUAUUGCCAACAUCUUCGAGCAGAAGGAAAAGGUUCAGGAGCAGAAAGAGGAGGAAGAGCAACAGUUCAUCGAAGCCCAUCGGGAAAAAGCUACCCGGCUAGCUCAGGAACGUCGCGAGCGACAACUCGCUGAAAAACUCAACGCCCUCAAACUCAACGAACACCUCAUCGAACAGGAGGCCGAACUCAGCGACCUCGUUAAACCUAUGAUCGAGUCCUGGGACUGGAACACUCUUUCCAAAGAAGCUUCCGAAAACUCCUCAAACCAAACAUCCAUCCAAACGCUCCCUCAAUGCCUCAAAAUCAUCCCAGUAUCCCUAACCCCUAAAGACAUCCAACUUGACCCAACCACCUUAGAAAAAUUCUCCGGCAUGGAGGCCGCUUCCUACGUGGGCUCCAUAACCCCGGCAACCAUCGAAAUCCCCAAAAACCGCCUCAACGCAAUCAAAUCCCUGACCCAAGAAGUCCUCGAAAACCUGUCCAACGUCGAAGAAAAGCUGUCCACCCACCAGGACCUCUUCCCACACCUGGACGACCUAGCCUCGGUAGUGACCCGACUCCAGGAAGCUCAACCCACCGUCCUAAACGGCAUCCCCGGAGUCAAACUGGUCGUCAACCAUCAGGAGAUCUUCGUUCCCGGUCAAACGCUGCUCCUCAACAACAAACCAACCUUCAUCCCCGGUCAAACGCUCGAAUCUCAGUCCGGCUCCCUCGAGUUCGUUCCCGGGGUCACGAUAACCUCCCACGAAGGAAACCUCCAGUUCAUCCCUGGCGAAAUCUCCCACACCAAAGCCGGUAAACCUCAAGCCUUCGUUGCGGGAAGAACCGUUGAAGGGGCCUUCGUUUGUGGUCAGGUGCUCACGAUCAACGAUGAACCACGUUUCGUCCAAGGUCAAACCAUUGUUACCCCAGAAGGGGUAAGUAAGUUCGUGGCCGGAGUCGUUGACCCCGGCACCGGGGCAUUUGUACCCGGACAGACCAUUGAAACGCCUGAUGGACCGAAGUUUGUCCCAGGGCAAACGAUCACCGUCCACGGAAAGGAGAAGUUCGUUCCGGGGCAGACGGUGCUGAACGAGAAGAACGAGAUGAUCUUCGUUCCGGGACAGAUUGUGGUAAAUGAACAAGGUGUAACGAGGUUUGUCCCCGGAAAAACGAUUGUGACGGCUGAGGGGGCGAAGUUUGUUCCGGGUCGUUACGUCGAGGAUACCUUUGUGCCGGGGGUUUGUGAUGGGGGUUGUUUCGUUCCGGGUGUUAACAUCGAAACGAAGGAGGGCUCGAAGUUUGUCCAGGGACAGAUUGUGCGAACCAAGCACGGGGAUGUGUUUAUGCCGGGUACGACUACGGUUGAUGAGAGUGGUAGAGUUCAGUUCGAGGUCGCUUCAACGAUCGAGGCGGUCAAGUUCAGUGAAGCUAGCCCCGUUGGAAUGGUUAUGGACAGUGACAAUAUGAAGAUUACUGAACCGACGUUGUGCGUGUUUGGCCACAUGGUUCAGAACAAUCAAGGGGUGGAGUUCUACCCGGAGAAGAUCAAGAAGGAGGAGCUACCUUCCGGAAAGGUUGUACCCGGAAAGUUGGUUAAGCAACUAGCUCAAACGAAGUUUAUCCCAGGUAUCAACGUUGAAGAGGGAUUCAUUCCUGGACAAGUCGUUUUAACUGAUCAAGGUGAACAGUUCGUGCCAGGUCAAGUGAUUGAAACUUCCGAAGGACUAAAAUUCGUCCCAGGUCAGAUUAUCGAAACUAAAAACGGGUCCAAAUUCGUACCCGGGCAGACCAUGCAAACCCCGGAUGGGCCAAGAUUCGUUCCGGGACAGAUUAUCAAUACCAAAGCGGGUCCAACGUUUAUUCCGGGGCAGGUGAUCUGCACCGAUGACGAUGGGGAGAAGUUUGUCCCCGGACAAAUUGUGGAUACGGACGAUGGGCCCAGAUUUGUUCCGGGUCGCGUCGUGGAGACGGAGAAUAAGGUCACCUUCAUACCGGGAAGGAUUGUGCAAACGGCAGACGGACCGAAGUUUGUGGCCCCGGAUCUCAAGGAUACGGAAGACGGUGACGAGGAGUUCCACGUGCAAAGUUUCACCGUUACACCGGAGGAGUUGAAGCUGUUGAAGCCGAACGAGUAUCUUCCGACGUUUGAGUCGGCCGAGAGUUCGUUGGUUGUGACGCUGGAUAGCUCGAUGUUGCAGCAGCUGUCCGAAGCGGGGAUGCACGUUGGGAGACAGGUUGAAGCCUCGGCUGUGGAUUACGUACUGCAGAGUACCAAGGAGCGGAAGGCCUUGCAGCAGUUUAUUUCGGAGUGUAACAUCCAGGCCGGAAGUAUGGACGUGCUGGAGAAUAUUUUCGAUGGGCUUAAGAGUGUCUGUAGUAAGGUUGAUCGGGGUUCAUUGCAGUACGAGUUGGAGCAGGGGAGCAGCGUUAAGUGCGUAUCGGCGUGUAAUGGGUCAGUUGGGGUCGUUGAAUCGCUGGCCUCGAACUUGGCUUCGAUUUUGGCGAGUAGUGGUGAGACGGAUGCUCGCAACAUGUACGAAGUUAUUGCCGAAGCCAUCAAGAUGUCCAAUGGUGAAUACAGUAUUGAAGAGUUGAAGCACGUCAUGGAGAGUCCGGCAGCGGUAGAUUACCUGGCCGAUGUGGUUAACAGAACUAUAGUGAAGAAUAACAUUGAUCUAAAGUUGAAAACUUUGACGGCUUUUGUUGGGAAGGAAGAAGUCGAGGGAGAAGCCGUUGAUGUGGUUGUUCCUCAGGGAGCUAUCGAAGAAUUUUGUCAACUGAUGGGCAACGACUGCAUGUCCGAAGCGUUUGUGAAUCUACUGAAGAAAGACGAAAACCUGUUUAAGUCUAUUGUGAGUAGUUUGAAAACUUCCGGGGUCGUGGAAGAGAGUGUAAAUAUUUCGGAAAUUUUGCAAUCAGCCGUUGUGGACAGUAUUCAGGAGAAGGCUCAAGCUGCGAUCAUCGAAAUGCUAGGGGAAUCGAAUCGGGAACAGUUGACGGCUUUGUUGAAGAAAUCUGAAGGCCUUGCACAAGCCUUGGGUAACAGUAAGGAAGCAGAAGCUUUCGAAUUCCUGGUCACUCAUCCCGAAGCGAUCAAGGACCUGAGUAAAGACGAUGAGCUGUUCACCAUUAUUAAUCGGGUGCUGAUCAUGGAAGAACUAGCCGAAGACGACGACGAAUAUCGGGAGUUGAUCGACAGUUUGGAACGUACUCCAGAUCAUGCUACCAAGAGCGACAAGCUGCGGGAUCUAAUCCGACAAAGUGGUGCCCUCACGUUUGCUCCUUCGAAGAAGAACGUCAUUGAAACGUCGAAAGACGUACCGAUAUCUCUGUUCUACACCAACAAUCAGCUAGCGAUCGAAGAGUUCUUCCUCAAGAGUGGUCAAAACCAGCGACACUUCCCGAAGGCCUUCCUGAUCAUCAAAAAGGGUAUCCAGGCGGUGAUCCCUCGAGAGUCUAGUCAUGAAGUGUUGGCAGGAAAAAUCGCCUACACAGUCCUGGAUGAAAACGGAAUCCGCCACUUCCAGCCGAUGAAUGUUCUGAACGCGUUGAAGAUCACCCCCCGGUUCCUGAACCGCUUCUCCAUGUACACCUGCGAUAUCUACGAGGAACCGGACAACGAUACGCUCAGCAGUACCAGUAGUCAGGAUAGCGAAUUGCUGGAGGAGUCUCACAUCCAUUGGCCUCUGUCCAGGAGGGGGUCCUUCUACAACAGCAUGGCCGCCACUCCACCAAACGGUCUAGCGGGUCUUCAAAGCCCCAGGAGAGGUGACAGACUGAGCAGGAGACCGGUCCAUGGGAUCUCCGACGACCCAGAGGCGUCCGCUACGUCAUCAGCCACACUCGUACCACGAGGAGGACAUAAAGACGACAUCAUUAUCAUCGGAGAUUUCAAUCUGCCUGGUUUAAAGUGGUGCUGCUCCCAAAGUAGCUUCUUGUUUGCUGACCCGGAAAGAUCCUCAUUCACGUUGCCCUCCAACAUCAUCCUCGACGCUCUAAGUACGGCCACUCUCCGGCAAAUCAACAACAUCGUUAACGAAAAUGGCCGUUCGCUCGAUCUCUGUUUCGUUAAUGACGGGUCUCUUUCACCAACAAUCGAAGAAGCUCCUGAGCCUCUGGUCAAGUCCGUCCCUCACCACCCCGCUUUGCUGCUUACGCUCGAUGUUUCCGGAAUUGUCGCCGUUACCGAAAAUCCGGCAUCCUUCUUCCACGACUUUAAAAGUGCCGAUUUUUCUGCGAUUUUUCAAACUCUGGACACCAUUAACUGGGAAUCUGAACUGGACCCUUCUGAUCCAAACGCUGCUGCUGUUAAGUUCACUCACAUUGUAAACUACAUUAUCGAUCGCCAUGUGCCGAAACGCUCUGCAGUCUCAAAUCUACGAGCACCUUGGGUCAUGAAAGAGUUGCGACAAAUGAAAACGCUAAAGAAUAAAGCCCUCCGUUAUUACACCAGGCACAAGACUCUUCAGGCCAAAAAUCAGUAUCGCAAACUUAACUCAGCCUAUAAAAUACUAAGCACGCGUUGCUAUCAGAGCUACCUAAUCCGGAUUCAGCGUGGUUUUAAAACAAAACCUAAAUCAUUCUGGCAGUUCAUCAAGGAUCAACGGAAGGAAUCCGGCUUACCAUCACACAUGUUCCUGGAUGAUACGUCGGCGACUUCGGACCGUGAAAUCUGUGAUCUCUUUGCACAGAAAUUCCGUAGUAUUUUCGACUCUGGCUCAAUAUCCUCGGAGCAGUUAAAUAGUGCAACAAGCAACGUCCCUCAUUUGAGCACUUCAUUUGAUAAUUUUGCAGUCGACGAAGAUACCAUCUUGAAGGCUUCCGUGAAGCUGAAACACAGCUAUUCUGCAGGACCGGACGGUAUACCAGCCACUUUUUUGAAGCGCUGCAUAUCACAUAUGCUAACACCUAUAAAACGAAUCUUCCAAGCAUCGCUCAACACGUCUACGUUUCCCUCUAUAUGGAAAGAAGCCUACAUGUUUCCGGUCUACAAGAAAGGCGACAGGAGGAAUGUCAACAACUACCGCGGUAUUUCUGCCUUAUGCGCUAUUGCCAAGUUAUUUGAGCUGGUUGUUUUAGACCCUAUCUUCUCGUACUGCAAACCAUAUUUUUCUAAUGAUCAACAUGGCUUUAUGCCUAAGCGCUCUACGACCACAAACCUGCUGGCGUUUACGUCUAAGGUGCAAGACAGUUUUGCUUCAGGAUUCCAAACAGACGUCAUCUACACCGACCUGUCAGCCGCUUUCGACAAAGUGAACCAUGAAAUUGCUAUCGCCAAACUCGAUCGCAUUGGUUUUUGUGGGUCUCUACUGGAAUGGUUUCGCAGCUACCUGAAUUUUUUUAAUAUUGAAGAGAUGAGAGAGGAAGAGAUGAGAGAGGAAGAGAUGAGAGAGGAAGAGAUGAGAGAGGAAGAGAUGAGAGAGGAAGAGAUGAGAGAGGAAGAGAUGAGAGAGGAAGAGAUGAGAGAGGAAGAGAUGAGAGAGGAAGAGAUGAGAGAGGAAGAGAUGAGAGAGGAAGAGAUGGGAGAGGAAGAGAUGAGAGAGAAAGAGAUGAAAGGGGAAGAGGUGAGAGAGGAAGAGAUGAGAGAGGAAAAGAUGAGAGAGGAAGAGAUGAGAGAGGAAGAGAUGAGAGAGGAAGAGAUGAGAGAGGAAGAGAUGAGAGAGGAAGAAAUGAAAAAAGAGGAGACGCGAAAAGAAGAGAUGAGAGAAAGAAGGUGA